AUGAACACCGAAUCAUGUGACAUGGCUGUCAUGAAGUCAAUGUUGAAGAUAACACAUGUGAUUUUUGAUUUGGAUGGCUUAUUGAUCGAUACUGAAGUAGUAUUCUCGAAGGUAAACCAGUGUUUAUUGUCGAAAUAUAAUAAGGAAUUCACUUCGCAUUUGAGAGGUUUGGUGACGGGAAUGCCUAAGAAAGCCGCUGUAACAUACAUACUUGAACACGAAAAACUGUCCGGGAAAGUCGACGUUGACGAGUACUGUAGAAAGUAUGAUGAAAUGGCGGAAGAAAUGUUACCAAAAUGUUCAUUAAUGCCUGGCGUGUUGAAGCUUAUACGGCAUUUAAAGGCUCACAGUAUACCUAUGGCUAUAUGUACUGGUUCAACCAAAAAAGAAUUUGAGCUCAAAACUCAGUAUCAUAAGGAGCUUUUGGAUUUGAUAUCUUUGAGGGUUUUAUCGGGUGAUGAUCCUGCCGUCAAACGAGGGAAACCGGCUCCAGAUCCCUUCCUGGUAACAAUGGCUAGGUUCGAAGAGAAACCUGAGAAAGCUAAAAAUGUUCUCGUUUUCGAAGAUGCAACUAAUGGAGUAUAUGCAGCAGUAGCAGCUGGCAUGCAUGUUGUUAUGGUACCAGAUUUAACUUACAUGAAGAUUCCUGAUGAACUGCAAAAUAAAAUUAAUUUGAUACUUAGAAGUUUAGAAGAUUUCAAACCAGAAAGCGUAGGAUUGCCGGCGUACGAUAGAGACAAUAGCAAAUAA